UCAUGUCAGAUGCUGGGGAAGUAAAGCUGUUUUUAAGCAGGACAGUGGUAAUUGUUGUUGAUAAGUACAUUUUAAAACUUUAAAAUAAAAUUUAAGAAAAUGUAAGUUUCAAAUUGAAUGGAAUUAGAAAUAAUUUCGAUACCAUUGGAAUGAAACGGUGACGGUUUUAAUCUAACUACUUAGAGAAAACACUGUACUUUGCUUGUUUGGAAGAGGCAAUUCUCAGUAUUGGUAUGCUUUUAGUUACUUAAGUGCAAUCGCACCUUCCCUCUGAAGUAUAACUUAUAAACAGUAUUUCGUCUGUUUAUGUGUAAAAAUAAAACUCACCCAAGCUGGAUAACAAAAAGCUGGAUAUUGGGUAUAAAUCGGGUUCGACAGGGGCCCUGACACCACAGAAGAAAAUGAAGAAACGAAAGGAACUGGACGCAUUGAUAGGAAUCGGCGGUGACAGUAAGAGGAAAAAAAACAAGAAAGGAUCAGGACACAGAUUGCUAAGAACAGAGCCCCCAGAUUCCGACUCGGAGUCCAGUUCCGAUGAGGGUGAUGUAUUUAACACCUUGGGAAGCUCUGGGUUCAAGGGAGACUACACACAUUGCUGCAAAGUGUGCUAUCCUUUGUGUGCAUUCGUCAUUCUUGUAGCAUGUGUGGUAGCAUGCUCUGGCUUGAUAUGGAUGCAGAUAGCCCUUAAAGAGGACCUUGAUGCUAUGAAGGAAACGAUUCGAACAAUGGAGUCCAGCCAAAAGAUAUCAUUACAUGAGAUUUCAAAGCUCAGUGAGGAUCUGCUUGAAAAGCAGAAGCUACUUGAAAAUAUGGAAAGUGGAAGCAAAGGUCUUAAUAAAAUUUGGACAAAUAUUACAGAAAUAAAAGAACAGAUUACCUUAAUUGAUUCUGCUGUCAGUCACCUGAAAGCAAAUAUAAAAUCAGCUUCUGACUUGAUAAAUCUACCAACCACGGUGGAGGAACUUCAGAAAAGUGUCGCCACUAUUGGGAGCAUAUUAACAAGUGUUCAGCACGAUGUGGAAACUAUGCAAACUUCUUUGAACAGGAAAAUCGUUGACUCAAUUCGGAAAAAUGAGAAUGAAAAACAAGAUCAAACAAAUAAAGAAUUAGAUCAGUCAUCUGCAUCCUCAGCAAUACCGGCAUCCAGCAAUUGUACAUCAUGUGUCAUUUUCAAACAGGAUAUUCUUCAUCUACAUGAUGCUAUUAAUGAGUUGAAUGCCUUGCAUGUGAUUUACCAAACAAAGAAUGAUCGAAAGAUUAGUGACAUAAAUUCAACAGUACACAACAUCACUCCGAGAAUCUUUUCAUUAGAAAAUUAUGUUUUCGUCUCUAACAUUAGCAGACCACCAAAGCAUAACGACUCUGAAAACAGUGAUCACCAGGUCGCUGAACUGAGAGAGAAACUUCUGCUAAUAAAUGCCUUGACAAGUAAACCAGACAGGAAACAACUCCAUGAGGAUUCUGUGCAUGGUUACCCAGAAAGUGAGCACCUUUCUCAAGAGAAUGGUAAAAAAACAGAAAGCGAAAAGAUCCCCAUCAUUUCUGAACACAGACAAAAAACCAACAGUGAAGACUUCCCUAAGAAUCCGGAUAAUGGGAAACUGGAAAGAGACACAGUCAAGAAUUCUGGUAAUGGUGAAAUAACCGAAAGUGAAGUCCUCCCAGCAAGCUCUGAUUCCGCUAAACAGGAGAAUGAAGACACUCCUAAGAAUUCAGAUAAUUCCAAAGACCUACCUCGGGAUAAUAAUAAAAGACCAGAGAACAUGAACAAUGAAAACCUCCCAAAGAAUUUUGAUCACAGUAAACAAGAGAGUGAAGAUCUUGCUGCAAAUUUUGAUAAUGAUGGGCUUCGUUUAUAUUCAACAUCAAAACCAACUAGAUUUCCAAGGUACAUAUCACAUGCUGCCUCACGACAGAGUUUAAAAGAACUGGAGGAUUAGUUCCAGAUGUCAGGUGAAGGCCCUCAAGGACAGCUGUCAUAUGAUGCUCUGAAGAAACUUUGAAUUGUUAACACCGGAGGUGAAAGAGCUUCAAUAUUUAGGGAUAUAAGGUACAUAGCAGGAAAUUAAGCAUUACUGUAAUAAUUCUGGAGCUUUUGGAAACGUAAGACAUUGUGAAUGUUGCACUUUAAAUUUGUAAUUAACCUGUCCACAAUGUAAUGCGUGUGCUCUCCUGCAGGGACUGUAUUUGUCAUUUUAAAACUAUUUGGAGAUCUCUGACAGCUGUAAAGUUCAUUCGGUGUGUUCCAUAGAUUAAAUUAAUGUAUAUGCCUAAGAAACAAACUAAUAUAUAAAGCAAUCCAUUAUUUAAAGGACUUGCAGUUUCUAAAUCUUACAUUUUAACAUGAAACCAAUAAGUAGAUUGAUAAAAACAGUUUUACAAUUACUAUUCGGCCCAUAAUUUAAAAAAUAAGGGGAGGGGUGCAGCCACUGCAUUUGCAGUUAAAUUCCACAGCUUCACCUAAUGACAUAGUACCAUGUUACAUCCUGAAACCUAAAGGGAAAUGUGGCAAUUUUGAAAUUGCUUUAUUCCUUAUCAUAGAUUAAAUGCCUUACAUUUAUGCUGAACAUCUAUUUUAGUUUUGCAGAUAUUUUCCUUAACCUGAGGCAUCUCAUCAAUCUCCUCUGUAGUGGAGGGAUCUGUGGUAAUUUGUUCUUUUUUUAAAAAAAAAACAAUUAGAAAAUAAAGAAACACUUCAGUAACCUCAGAAACCAAGUGAUGUUCUGUAAGCAUUUUAACAAAACACAUUGGUGUUGAAGUAAAACAAACCUGAAAAUCCCUUCCCCAUAGUUUAAUAAUGUAGGGUUCUGUGUUACACCCAUGAUAGCUGAUUCUCUGUUGUCUUCAAUUAUAUAAAUACCAAGUUUACAAUUGGCAUGUUCUCUUCUUAUUUAUUAAUUUGGUAAGUAAAGCUUUUGUACAUUAUUGCUGUAUUCAAGGGAAAGACCUUGGUUGUGGAAUCUACUUUUUACGCAUGUCAGUGGCUUGAGGUACAAGGGCUAUAAAUUAAAGCAUACUAGGUAAAAUAUGUAUUUUAACAGUUAAAUAGUAAUUUAGCAAUACAAGUUGGACAUGCUCUGUACAUAAGAAAACUUUAACCUAUGAUUUAACAGGGUGUAAAUGGACAGGCUGAUUUUGUAUGUAAAAAAACAAAACAGUUCUCACAAGAUACAGAUUCUGGGUGUGCAAUGUAAAUGGUAGUUAGAAAUGCACUGUGCACUAAGCACUGUCCCGAGUAUUUGAGAAUGUGCUUUGUUCUUGGGAACAAUGUGUUUAAGCAAUAUAGCCUUUAAUACAGUCUAUUGUGUAAAUAAUUUUAAACCUGCUUUCUGUAUUAUUCUUAAAUCUAUUUUGAGAUGUUCUGUAUAAAAUAUUUCCAGCACUGUAUAUUAAGGGGAAAAAACUUUAUGAACAUGUGUUAUGCAUGUUUCACAUCAUGUAACAUGAUUAAACAUCUAAUUUAUCAUAAAAAAA